GUCAAAGUGACAGCGACUGAGAAGAGGCCAGGGAAACCAAACAGACAGCGUGUGGACACGUAGAAGUCAAAAUCAUAAGAAAACUGAAAAUUAGUGGCGAUUUCAGAUAUGGGAAAAAGGAGGAACUCCCCAGAGAGGAAUUUUGUGGGGGGCGACAGGAGUGCAUCCUCUGGAAACGGGGAAAGUGACAUGGAAGAAGAAACCAACAAACAGCAAGUCGAUCAAAAUCUCUCACAUGAAAAUAAAGAAAAUACACCUGAAAACAAGCCUGUUGAGACAAAGGAAGCACAAAAUGAAAAUCAGGAAGAGAAUAAUCAUCAAAACCAAAAAAGUGACAAUAAUCCAAUUCAAAGCAGUUCUGAAGACAUGAAGGAAGAAACCAACAAACAGCAAAGCGAUCAAAAUCUUUCACAUGAAGAUGAAGAAAAUACACCUGAAAACAAGUAAGCAUUUGAACAAUUUUAAGAAAUAUUUUAGAUUGAAUGAAU